AUGACGAUCGAGUUAGAGGAACCAAUACUUACACAAGAGAACUCCCAGGUUUAUAAAGAUUUGUUUGGUGGUACUAUCGGUGGUAUUACUCAAGUCUUGGUGGGGCAACCAUUUGAUACAGUUAAAGUUAGAUUGCAAUCAGCCCCAGAAGGUACAUAUACUGGAGCAUUAGAUGUUGUGAAGAAGUUGAUUGCGAAUGAAGGUCCUAUGGGGUUCUACAAAGGGACAUUAACCCCAUUAAUUGGGGUUGGUGCAUGUGUUUCUGUGCAAUUUUCAGUGAAUGAAUUCAUGAAGAGAUACUACGAUAGAGCUUUGGACGGCCAAGCUUUAAGUUUAGGACAAUACUUCAAUUGUGGUGCAGUCGCAGGUUUUGCCAACGGUUUCUUAGCAUCUCCAAUCGAACAUAUCCGUAUCAGAUUGCAAACCCAAACCGGAGCUGACAAGUCGUUCAGCGGGCCUAUUGGUUGUGCUAAAAAGGUAUACCAAACUGGUGGUUUAAUGCAAGGUAUAUUUAAAGGUAUAGGACCAACUUUGUUCAGAGAAUCAGUUGGUUUAGGUAUCUACUUUGCAACAUAUGAAGCCCUUAUAAGCAAGGAAUUGGAAAAGAAGAAGGAUAUUGUUCGUACCGACAUUCCAGGAUGGAAAUUAUGUGCUUUUGGUGGUUUAUCUGGGUACGCAUUAUGGGGUGGUAUCUAUCCAGUUGAUGUUGUGAAAUCUAAGUUGCAAACCGACUCUUUGAGUAAGCCAACUUACAGAGGAUCAUUGAGUGUCAUAAGAGACAUUUGGAUCAAGAACGGUAUCAAGGGUUUCUACAAGGGCUUUGUUCCAACCAUUUUAAGAGCUGCCCCAGCUAAUGGUGCUACAUUCGCUGCGUUUGAAACAACAAUGAGAAUGAUCAAUUAA